GGCACCCCUAAAUCGAAGACCAAAACUUUAGAGCUUCCCCAUUCACCUUUUCCUUCUUCUCAGAUUUUUUCAUCAUUCAGUUCACUCUAAUCUUCAUUUUAUGUUUACAAAAUUGCCAUAAUAAUAAAGAAAAAGACGCAGUAUUCUCGUACUGUGUUGUGCUUCUCCUUUCCUUGACAAAACCCCACCAAAGUUUGUUGCUUACUUAUUUGAAUUGUCCAUGAGAAACCUUCUCUGUUGGCAGUGUAGAAGAGAAAUUUCAAAACUUGUGUAAUGGGUUUACCUUUUUCACAUGAAGAGAGCAGUUAUCUCCUCUUAUUUCAACUGUUUUCGUUAUAAUGAUCGUAAUCCAUUUAUGGGUUUUGGUCCAAAAUGUCUGAGUGUGAAGUUUUCCUCUUCUUUGGGUUUAAGCAAUGCCAGACCUUUUCCUGAUUACUCCCCAAGAAAGCCUUCAGUUAAAGACACUGACUUUGUGCACCAUAUUUCCACCACCGUUAAGCAGCGCCGCUCCGAGCCUCUUCGCCGGAUUCUCAAGCCCUUCGAGGCAAAGUUCAAGCCUGACCAUUUCAUUUGGGUUCUUAUGAACAUCAAGGAUGAUUAUAAACUGGUGUUGGAUUUCUUCAACUGGACGCGCCUGCGGAGGGACCCUUCUUUGGAAGCCCUUUGCAUUGUUGUUCAUAUUGCUGUGGCUUCUAAGGACUUGAGAACGGCUCAUAGGCUGGUUUUUGAGUUCUGGGAAAAGCCUCAUUUGGAUGUUGGUAACUCGUUUGUUGAAUUUACCGAGAGGUUGAUUUAUACUUACAAGGACUGGGGUGCACAUCCCUUUGUGUUUGAUGUUUUCUUCCAAGUUCUUGUUGAAGCAGGGUGGUUUCUAGAGGCUCGGAAACUGUUUGAUAAAUUGGUAAAUUACGGCGUUCUUGUUUCUGUAGAUUCUUGUUAUUUGUUUCUAGCUAGGCUAUCUAACAGUUUUGAUGGGAAAAAGAUGGCAAUUAAGGUGUUCAAAGAGUAUCCAGAAGUGGGUGUUUGUUGGAACACCAUGUCGUAUAAUAUUAUUCUCCAUUCACUCUGUCAAUUGGGUUGCUUAAAAGAAGCGCAUAAUCUGCUCUUACAAAUGGAGUUUAGGGGGAGCUUUCCUGAUGUUGUAAGUUAUAGUGUUAUAAUUAAUGGAUACUGUCAGGUUGAACAGAUAGGAAAGGUCUUGAAGCUCCUGGAAGAGUUGCAGGGAAAGAGGUGUAAGCCAAAUCAAUACACAUACAAUAGCGUAAUUUCCCUUCUUUGUAAGACUGGUAGAGUGGUUGAAGCGGAGCAAGUCCUGAAGGAGAUGAUAAACCAGAGUAUUUUUCCUGAUAAGGUUGUGUAUACAACUCUCAUCAGUGGGUUCGGCAAGUCUGGGAAUGUUUCAGCUGAAUACAAACUGUUUGAUGAAAUGAGGCAUAAGAAAAUAGUUCCCGAUUUCGUGACUUAUACUUCCAUGAUUAACGGGCUCUGUGAAGCUGGAAAGGUUGUGGAAGCACGCCAACUGUUUAGUGAAAUGUUUAGGAAAGGGUUGGAACCAGAUGAAGUUACUUAUACUGCUCUUAUAGAUGGGUAUUGCAAGGCCGGGGAAAUGAAUGAUGCAUUCUCUCUUCACAACCAGAUGGUUGAGAAGGGUUUGACUCCUAAUGUUGUCACUUAUACAGCAUUGGUUGAUGGCCUGUGUAAACGUGGUGAGGUAGAUAUAGCAAAUGAACUUCUUCUUGAAAUGUCUGAGAAGGGCUUUCAACCAAAUGUCUACACAUAUAAUGCACUUAUCAAUGGUCUUUGUAAGGUAGGAAAUAUAGAGCAAGCCAUAAAAAUUAUGGAAGAAAUGGAUCUGGCAGGGUUUUAUCCUGACACUAUUACAUAUACUACACUCAUGGACGCUUAUUGUAAGAUGGGUGAAAUGGCCAAGGCUCAUGAAAUGCUGUGGGUUAUGCUUGGUAAAAGACUUCAGCCUACAAUUGUUACAUUCAAUGUGCUAAUGAAUGGGUUUUGCAUGUCAGGGAUGCUGGAAGAUGGUGAAAGACUAAUUAAAUGGAUGUUCGAAAAAGGUAUAAGGCCGAAUGCCACAACAAUCAAUUUUCUCUUGAAGCAGUACUGUAUUAGAAAUAACAUGCGUGCUACAACAGAGAUUUAUAAGAGGAUGUAUGCUCAAGGAGUGAUGCCUGACAAUAAUACCUAUAAUAUUUUGAUUAAAGGGCAUUGUAAAGCUAGAAAUAUGAAAGAGGCAUGGUUUUUGCAUAAAGAAAUGGUUGAAAAGGGAUUUAGUCUAACUGCUGCUUCCUAUAAUGCUCUUAUAAAGGGUUUCUGUAAGAGGAAGAAAUAUGUGGAGGCUAAGAAGCUAUUUGAGGAGAUGAGAACUCAAGGAUUUGUUGCCGAAAAAGAGAUAUAUGAUAUUUUUGUUGAUGUAAACUAUGAAGAAGGAAACUGGGAAAAUACUCUUGAGCUUUGUGAUGAAGCAAUAGAGAAAUGUCUUGUUAGGAGAACUUAGUUGAGUUUUGCGUAUGCCACUUUAUGAUGGAAUUAUCAGGGCAGUAAUUGUUGUCUGUGUUGCUCGUUCUUUCUUGGUAGUUCCACUGAAAGUAACUUGCAUAUGAUGUUACCAGUUACUCUCAUGAUUAAAGGAGUGACAUGGGACCUCCAGGGGACAUUUUUGAAAGUUUGGAGAAGUGUUGGUAGGAUCAUUGGCAUCCUGUGAAGGGAACAUUGUCCCUUGGCUGCAUUCAUGCUGUACAUGUUGCCUAGAAUCAAUAAUACAAGAUCUAUUCAGUGAGUAUAGGUGGUUGCAGUGGGUUUUUCCUGGUUUCUUCUACCUAGGAACCUAACACAGGCUUAAUUGUUUUUAAGAAUAAUAACAAUAAUCAGCAACGGCUAAAGUGAAAAAUCAGGCAUUUUGAUAGCAUGGAGAUCUAAACAGUGUUGGAAAUAUAACAAGAUCAAGCGCAACAGUAUAGAUAUUUAAACAGAAAUUUUUAUGGAAAGUAACUCUAGAAACCUUCUAUUUUUCUUGUAUUUUUUCCAUCCUUUGAGACCUGUUACGGAGAACAGUAAUAAAUGACUAUUUACUUUCUACUUGAUACAAGGUCUAAAAGUCUAAAUUCCUUUCAUCUCACUGAAAUUUCUGUCAAAGUUUGAUUUAACUUGUAAGAGGAGACCUCAAUGAAGAGAAAUUAUUAAAGGAGGGACGGGGGUUGGAAAUGUUUUAAGAAAAUUGUAAUAGAAUAGUUACUUAUAUAAACAGAUUAGUAGCCAUCAGUUAGCAUAACAUAAUGGUAUAAAUUGUGUAAGAGGGAGAAGAGAAGAGGGAAGAUUGUUAUCAAGAAAAAAUAGUGAGGCCCAAAUGUGACAAACCACUAAAGAGCGUAUAUCGAGUUGUAUUAUUAGUUUCAGUGACUUAUCUGAUUAUCACACUGAUACUGGUUGGAGGGCUGAAAAACAUAAUAAAGAUUCAUAUUUUAUUGCACUAUCAUUUCUCUGUAUUAGUUUUAUAACUUGCUUCUUCUAUCCAUUAAAACAAUUUCUAGUUAAUUUAGUGCUAGGAGGAAAUAAACUCCUACAAAAUUUUAGCUGUAAAAACAUAUGAAUAAUAAUGUUUGCUUAUUUGUGUUUUUUUUCUUGCAUUGGUAUUUCUACCUGGGUACUUAGAAUUUUGUAUCAUGGGAGCAUAGAUAAAUUUGUAUAUCCAUAUGGUCUGCUGGUAACUUUUUCUAUCUUAUUUCUGUACUGUG